AUGAAAAUGGGCACGCGUAUGUUGGCAAAAACACAGAUUCGGACUCUUUUGUUGUUGGAGUUUCGAACCUCGCGCUCAUCAAGCAUGUGUCGACUACGCCUCUCCGGGGAGCUUUACGCUUUUCCACGCAGAUGCCACGUUAUCCCAUUAUUACUUGCGAACUUUCGGAUUCCUUCAGAUCCUAUCAACUUGCCGCUAUAUUUGUAG